AUGGAUACUAACGUCACAGCCAUAUCUCUUGAAACAGCGAAUUCAGGAGCGAUAACUCUAUUUGCAAUCGCCCUUUUCUGCACUAUUGGAAACCUUGGAGCUAUGACAAUUAUUAUUUUCAACCCGAGGUACAGGAAAACGUCCAUGGCGAUUCUGUGCCACCACUGUUUUCUUGACCUUCUGAAGUCGCUCUACUGUUUCCCAUAUGCUUACAGUUUGUGGACAUCAGUUGAAAUACCAUACUGCAGUUUUAUUGGAUCCUCGUACGUGUUUAUAAUGACAACGUCGGCGUAUAAUUUACUGGCACUCGUUGUAAACGAAGAAUACGAAUUGAGUCAAACUGACGAUAAAAACAAGAAAGGAGAUAGGCCUUGUAUAUUUUUCGGGAUACUUAUCAUCUGGUUCAUGAGCCUUUUACUUAACCUCGGAGUAGCAAUAAUUCCUUCCAACACAACAUUUAUCCAGGCCACUGGAAAUUGCAUGUUCCUUUAUGGAGUUCCGAACGGCUUUGUAUUACAUCUCUUAUGGAUUACUUUGGUUUCCAUGGCGAUAAUUCUCGCACUGACAAGUUUCUUCCAAAUCUAUAGAAGAAUAACUGUGCUAACUAAGGAAGCACGAUGGAGCUAUAUACACAAAUCCUUAAGUGGUGACUUCGAAAGUGAGGGUCAGCCGGAACCCGCAGUAAAUUACCAACAAUUUAAAAACGAAAAGUACCGAAAAUCACAUUUACAGUUUCAUUUGAGAAGAGUUUUAAUGUUUAUUUCCAUGGUAACGUCAUUUGCACUGUUUUGGUAUCCGUUGUUUUUCCUCACUAUAUUCGACCCCGGAUUCAGCGAGUCUCGUAAAAUGUAUAGAAUUCUGACAAUUACUGCCUGGAGUCAGCCCGUCACUACACCUAUUUUUUGUGGUUUUAUAUUGCGUGAUAUUCGGAGACGUGACAGCAUGAUACGGGAGCUAUCCUCCAGUUCCUUCCCAAUGAGACUGCGGGAGAGCAGUCGCAGAAACGGGCCAACAAACAUUGAAGAACUUGAAACGUUUGACUUAGGGAUUUCUAAUGUUGAUUUCGAACAAAGUGGAAGAACACCAGAGCACGAGCCCGUCACUGCUUCGUCACAGGUAUCCCCUGAGAGUGGACCAGGUGAAGCCGAGAUCCAACCAUCAGCUUCUUUCUCCCCUGCUAAGUCAGAUACAGGCAGAACUUACCGAAUGAGUCAAGUGUAG